AUGUCUUCUACAGCCACGUUGAGUAGUUCCUCUUCAGUUGUGAAUGAGUCUAAUGCUAGUGAGUUCGACGCGGAAGAAGAGGCUGAAGAAGUUGAAAAACAACUCGCAAACAUCAAUAGGGAUGCUGUUCUUUUUGUUAUCGAUUGUUCACCAUCAAUGUUGAGUGACGAAGAUUCACCAUUUAAAUCCGCUAUUCGGUGUGCAUCUACUGUAAUGAUGAAUAAAAUUAUUACUAGCAAUGACACUGAUCUUAUGGGUGUAAUGCUAUUUGGAACGGAAAAAUCACAAAAUGCACUUGAGAAAAAGCACAUUUAUGUGCUUCAGCCCAUUGAUUUACCAGAUAUUCACAGAAUUAUAGAAUUAGAUGAUAUAGCAUCAGGGCAAAUUGAUUUUAGUCAAGAAUACGGAAAUGCAAAUGAAGAAGUCCCACUAGGAGAUGUCUUUUGGACUUGCAAUGAUUUAUUCAAUUCAUUAUCUUCAACAACAAUUAAGAUUAAGAGAAUAUUUCUUAUCACUGAUGAAGAUAACCCACAUACAACAAAUCCAGUUCUUCGUAGUACAGCAAUAACUCGUGCCAAGGAUCUUAUUGAAUCAAAAAUUGAAAUAAAUCUUUUCAGCGUUAAUAAAUCAGAUGAUAAAGAAUUCAACUUUGAUACUUUUUAUUCGGUUUAUGAUCUUGGAGACAAUCUUCACUUUAAUACAACUAAUGACUUUAAUAUUCUUUUGAAACAAAUCAUGAAUAAAGAAUCCCCAAGGAGAUCUAUAUUUUCUCUGCCAUUUCGCUUAUUUGAAGGUGAAGGUCUAACAAUCGGAAUCAAAGGCUUUUCGGCGAUAGUUGAAAGAGUGAAACCUCAACAUAAAUUAGUUCAUAUGAGAGCUGAGACGACACGUCUUGUUGAAACAAAGACAAAAUGGAUUUGCGCGGACACUGCUCAAGAAUUAAUGCCUGAAGAUAUGAAACAAUAUUUUUCAUAUGGUGGCAAAAAGGUUGUCUUUACAAGGGAGGAAAUAGCAAAAAUUCGAGAUUUCGGUGAAAAAGGUUUAACACUUAUUGGAUUUAAACCUGCAAGUGCACUUAAAUAUCAUUACAAUAUUACACACCCAUAUUUCAUAUAUCCUGAUGAAGAACAAUAUGAAGGUAGUAGAAGAACAUUUGCAGCUUUACACAAAAAGAUGCUCGAAAAAGAUAAAAUCGCCUUAUGUGCUGCAAAAAUUCGUAAUGGAACUCCUUUUACAUUUGUUGCCCUAAAGGCUCAACCUCCGGGUAUGAAUAUGAUUAGUCUUCCAUUUGCAGAUGAUAUGCGACCUCUUCCACCUCAAGCUGAAAUAAGAUCCGCUGCACCUGAUACAAUGGUCGAUUUUAUUAAGCCAAUAAUUUCAACCCUUCAAAUGAAGGAUUUGAACCGAUUUUUCAAUGUUCUACAGGACAUGGCUCUAAACAAAGAUAUUGAACCAGAAACAAAUGACGCAACUUUGCCUAAAUAUAGUGCAAUCAGCAAGCGCGCCGGUGAAUACAUUAAAGUUUUCAAUGCGGAAGCGGAUAUUAAAAGUCAAGAAUCAUAUCUAAGCCAAACGGACUCAGAAACCAUUGGAUCUAAUAGAGCAUCAUCUAGAGGGUCUAAAUCUCUUGCGUCUUCCCAGGGAUCACAAGCUGAUAUUUCAACUUUAUAUGAAUCUGGAAAGGUGUCAAAGGCUACUGUGACCCAAUUAAAGGACUUCUUAAACAACGUCGGAAUUAAUCCAGCAAGGAAAAAAGAUGAGUUGGUUAAUCAGGUUGAAAUGUAUUUUUCCUCAUCAGCAAAAUAA